AUGUCUUCUUCUAGAGCUCUCUUCUUCUUUCUCAUCAACGUCUCCUUGCUUCUCACCCUCUCUUCCGCUUUGGAUCCAUUUGUUGCCUACGAAUUUGAGGUCUCUUACAUCACUGCCUCUCCUCUCGGAGUUCCUCAGCAGGUCAUUGCUAUCAACAAGAAGUUCCCAGGUCCUACUAUCAAUGUUACCACAAACAACAACGUUGCUGUCAAUGUUCGGAACAAAUUGGACGAGAGCCUCCUCAUUCAUUGGUCUGGGAUUCAGCAAAGGAGGAGUUCGUGGCAAGAUGGUGUUCUUGGCACGAAUUGUCCUAUUCCUCCUAAGUGGAACUGGACUUACGAGUUUCAGGUCAAGGAUCAGAUUGGAAGCUUUUUCUACUUCCCUUCCCUUCAUCUUCAGAGAGCUGCUGGUGGAUUUGGGGGUUUCAUCAUAAACAACCGAGACAUCAUUCCUAUUCCUUUUGAUACCCCACAUGGGGACAUUGUCGUUUUUAUUGGAGAUUGGUACACUCGCAACCAUACGGAUAUGAGGAAGGCCCUUGAUGAUGGAAAAGAUCUUGGCAUGCCGGAUGGUGUUCUCAUCAAUGGGAAAGGCCCCUACCGAUAUAACGAUACACUUGUUCCUGAUGGCAUUGAUUAUGAAACAAUUGAAGUUCAUCCCGGAAAAACUUACCGACUUCGUGUACAUAAUGUUGGAGUAUCAACGAGUCUGAAUUUCAGGAUCCAGAGUCAUAACUUACUUCUAGCAGAGACAGAGGGGUCUUACACGGUGCAACAGAAUUACACUAGCUUAGAUAUUCAUGUUGGACAAUCUUAUUCUUUUCUCGUGACCAUGGACCAGAAUGCAAGCACAGAUUACUACAUUGUAGCAAGUGCUAGGUUCGUGAAUGAAUCACGUUGGCAAAGAGUUACUGGAGUUGCUAUCUUGCGCUAUACAAAUUCCAAGGGGAAGGCGCGUGGUCCUCUCCCACCGGCUCCUGAUGAUCAAUUUGACAAAACUUACUCAAUGAACCAAGCAAGAUCCAUCAGAUGGAAUGUAUCAGCAAGUGGUGCUCGUCCGAAUCCACAAGGGUCUUUCAGAUAUGGUUCCAUCAAUGUGACUGAGAUAUAUGUACUAAAAAAUAAGCCACCAGAGAAAAUUGAUGGGAAGAGGCGCGCAACAGUCAGUGGAGUUUCUUUUGUCAAUCCUUCCACUCCAAUCAGGCUGGCUGACCAAUACAAAUUGAAGGGAGUAUACAAGCUUGAUUUCCCUACCAAGCCUAUUACUGGACCACCUCGUGCAGAAACAUCAGUCAUUAAUGGAACUUAUAGAGGAUUUAUGGAAGUUAUAUUGCAGAACAAUGAUACUAAGAUGCAUACCUAUCACAUGAGUGGAUAUGCAUUUUUUGUAGUCGGGAUGGAUUAUGGUGAUUGGUCUGAGAAUAGCAGGGGCACAUAUAACAAGUGGGAUGGAAUAGCUCGUACUACAGCUCAGGUUUACCCUGGAGCAUGGACAGCAAUUUUGGUUUCCCUUGACAAUGUAGGAGUAUGGAAUCUCAGAACAGAAAACCUGGAUUCAUGGUACCUUGGUCAAGAAACAUAUGUAAGGGUUGUCAACCCCGAGGUUACUAACAAGACUGAGCUGCCCAUUCCAGACAAUGCCCUUUUCUGUGGUGCCCUCAGUAAAUUGCAGAAGCCUCAAGUUAUUGCUUCUGCUGCAUCAGCAACCAAUGGGAAUACACUGAAGCUGUUUUUCAACUUGCUGAUUGUAUGCGCCUGGAUCCACAUUUUCCAGUAA